AUAGACAAAGCGAUACAUUUUUCCGUUUUACCGCGUUUUUUGUCUUGUGUUGGCCGAAAUUAAAAAAAAUGGUUUCGAUAAAUUGACACGUAUAAAUUAAAAUGGAAGUGAAAGUUGAAGUGCAUACGGUGUAUCCCUCUUCGUUGAAGAAAGAGCCUUCACGAGCUAUUACCAAAGUCUCCCAUGGAUCUUGGGGUACUCCUGACUCCUCACCCAGACAUUCUGCAUUAUUAAAUAACUCCAGCAUAGAGACCAAAUCCAUUAUCAAAGACGAAGCUGCAGAAAAAAAUAAACUGUCCAUUUUUGUAGUAGAAAAACGAGUGAGACUCUCUGAAGUAGAAAAGGAUAGUGACGUAAAGGAAAAUGCAACGGAAUUAAAGAGUUUUGAUAAAGUUAGAAGCUCUCAAAAGCGUCGCUUCGAAAUUAAUGACGAAAUAGAAUCCCCGCAGAGUCCCGUACCAUCAUCGCCGUCAAAGUGCAAGAUUUUUGGUUUCCCAACAUUAUUCUACCCUUACAUGCCUAUUGAUCCACAGGGUCGCAUCUACAUAACCUGGCUAUUUCUCGUAACGUUCUGCUAUAGUUACAAUGCCUGGGCCAUAGCUUUGAGAGCGACCUUUCCAUACCAAACCCCAAACAACCUACCAAUUUGGCUAACAGCGGAUUAUAUUUCCGAUAUAUUUUAUAUACUCGACGUGGUUCUUGUGAAACCCAGGUUGAUGUUUCUAAAUGACGGCUUUUGGGUUACGGAUGAAGUUGAAACUAGGAAACAUUAUAAGAAAAAAACUCAGUAUAAGUUUGACGUAAUAUCUCUCCUACCGCUGGAUAUAUUGUACGUAUUUUUCGGUACAAAGAUGGUCAUACUGAGAUUUCCUCGACUUCUUAAACUGCAGACUUUCUGGGAAUUUCAUCAGGCAAUGGACCGAGUUCUUUCCUCGCCCUAUGUGGUACGAAUAGGAAAAACGUUGUUCUACAUUUUCUAUUUGAUUCAUCUAAACGCCUGCGCAUAUUACGCAAUAAGUGAUUAUAUUGGCCUCGGCUCCAAUUCUUGGGUCUACGAUAACGAAGGCAACGCGUACAUCCGGUGUUUCUACUUUGCUACUAAAACUGCUACUUCCAUAGGUAAAAACCCAAAACCAGGAAACACCUGGGAAUAUUUAUUUAUGACAGCAGCCUGGCUGAUGGGAGUCUUUGUCUUCGCCGUACUCAUUGGGCAAAUUCGUGACAUCAUUGCUACAGCCACGAGGCAGAAGACGGAAUAUCGUAAGAAAGUGGACGGCUGUGUGCGAUAUUUACGCAGAUUAAAUAUGCCUGCAAGUCUCCAACGGCGUGUUACCUGUUGGUUUAAAUAUACCUGGACAACUCAACGGUGUUUUGAUGAGGCUAGAAUUCUGAACUCAUUGCCAUACAAUAUGAAGCGUGACGUCGCACUCGAAGUCCACAUUUCCACUUUAAGUAAGGUUCAACUUUUCCGAGACUGUUCAGCAUCUCUCCUCCGCGACCUGGUGUUGCAACUUCGACCUGUUUCCUUCCUCCCAGGGGACGUGGUCGUUAGAAAAGGAGAUGUGGGACAUCAGAUGUAUAUCAUCAAAACUGGGAAGUGCGUUGUUAUGUCUCCAGACGAGAAAGAAGUACUGGCAACGUUAAGCGAAGGCUCCGUUUUUGGUGAAAUCAGCCUUCUCGGCAUCGACGGACUCCGACGACGUACUGCGACUGUUCGAUCCCGUGGAUAUUCCACUCUCUUUGCUCUCUCUCGUAACGACCUCGACAUAGCUUUAAAUUAUCACAAAGAAGCUGAACAAAUCCUUAGACGUAGAGCCGAUCAAAUAAUAAGAGAAAACGCGGCCAGACAAACAAAGCAACAGAUAGCAAUAGACGCGAAAAGAGAGGACUCGGAUCUUAGGAAGAGAAGAAAGAGCGGGGGAAGUAGCGAGAGUGUGAAGAGUAGAAGAAUGAGAUCGGCAAGUGCUCUAUCGAAGCGGAAGUUGUCUAUGGUGUCUGAAGAUAAGCCUCACCACGUUGACGUACGAAGUGCUUCGCCAGAUAUAAAGCGAAUAGAAACGUCAACACCUAUUCCUACCAUUAUAUUUUCUAACGAAGCUAAUUAAAAUUUGUAAACCUAUUUGACCUUCCUGUAUAAAUUUAAACUGAUUUAUGCAUGUUAGCUUUUAAGGUGUAAGUUUUAAUUAAAUAAUAAUAUUUUUUAUAUAUCAUAUUUACGUGGUAUAAUCUGUGCGCAUUUAAAACUCGCUCGUCAAGAAGGAAAACAUCGUGAGGCUACUUGGCUAUGGCACGAAUUUGAUCAAAGAUACGGAUGCAAUCUGAAGGCUGCAUUUUAACAAUUUUGCACCCUUCACACCUUAAAGUAAGGACAAUCAGAUAUGGAAAUAUGUUAAAGAAUAUGAAAAGUUAAGAAGGCGCUAACCAGAUCCAUGCAACUUCCUCACAAUCGAGUAGCCCGCCGCACACAACUUACGAGGGAAUUCUUUGUAUUUGAAGAAGUUGCAUCAGUCGAACCAAAGAAAAUCACACUUAAAUUUAGGGUGGUAGUGAUUAAUAUUAUAAUUUUAGGGUAAUAUUGUUAUAAUUUUCAUAAGUAUCUCUAUAUUUUAUCACAAAUUGUCUGACAGAACAAACUUUUUUAAAGAAUCUACUUGUCUAUUAGAAAAACAAAUGAUUACGAAAUGUAUAGGGACAAAAUGUAAAUCCCAGAAGUAAUAUUUUAGAAUUGUGUUAAAGGCGAUGUUUUGGAGUUUGUAACUUGCAAUAACUAUAAUGACACCAACUUUGAUCUAUUCUUGCAAUGUCCUUAGCGCUAAAUCACAAACACUGCGUGCUCGGAAAUGUCAAAAUUAAAAUCGGUAUCGUGAUUAAAAGUUACCGAUUCAUUUGAGAUGUCUGUCACAAUUUAGCGACAUUAGACGGUUUGAGUAUACAAUUUGCCAUGAACGUUUGUAUAAUUCAGCGCCGAUAAUUUUAUACAUAACGAAAAAUUCUAAAAUGGUUUUGUAGAAAAUCCUCCUGUCUCGCAUUUGAUUUCGAAUCUGCUUGAUAAAUUAAAAGAUA